AUGAACGGCGAGGAGGUGAGUGCACCCCAGGGGGAAAUGGCUGAGGAAGCGGAAAUCCAAAGCGGAGACGACAUGAACUAUCAAAACUCUACCGAAAGAACAGAUGACUUAAUCGGAUCGCAGAGCAUGAUGGAGAAGCAGGAUGGUGAUGAUGAUGAGGAUGACAUGGAGGAUGCUGAUAAUGAUGAGAAUGAUGCUGAGGAGGAGGGAAUUUCCAAGAAAGAAUCCAAUCCAUCAGAUGAUCCCCAUCGCAAGGAUGAAUCGAGCAACGUCAAGGUAGAAGAGGAUCCAACCGGCAAUAAUUCCAUUGAUAACAAUUCCCCUUACGUGAACCACAGUGCGCAUGGGGGUAUAAAUCAGUUGGGUAUCAGUCAAAUAGAUGAAGCCGCCAAUGUACAUGUGAAUAGCAAAAAGGGGGAAGAAGUUCCCCCAGGGAGCCAAGAAUGGAUAAAGGCGAAUGUUGAAGAAGCGCAGGGAGGUAUACCCUUGAACGGGGGUAUGAGCGGGGAGCUGAACGGGGAGCUGAAUGUGGAAGGCGGGGCGAAAGAUGAACAAGUGAAUCCUUCAGAAAAUCUCCAUGAAAUCCCCAGUGAAGGGAGCAAAAACGCGCACGCAAAGCAAAAUCAGGAACAUGAACCAGUCUUCAUGAGGCCUUCGAACACCUACCUGCGAAAUAUCGUAAAGAAACAAUCUCCGAACAUAAAAAAUAGUAUUCAUAAUUUAAAUUUCCCAAAUGUAAACUCCAUGACAUUCGAUCCAUAUUAUGGUGGAGAAGGGGGAAAGAUUUCUGUCGGUGGAGCUGAUGGGUCGGUGAUUAAAAACACUCAGUUACCAAGUGGAGCCACCAUGAUGUAUUCCACUAACAUUGCGGAAGAAGAUCUCCACCAUAUUUACAAUCUCCUAAAUGGUGAACUAACAAAAUCUCCAGACAAUGAUAAAGAGAUUCACCGAGUGAAGGAUGAAAUUAUAAGCCUGCAGAGGAAUAACCCAACUGAAGUACUCACCUUGCAAAGGUGUUACGCUAGUGUAAGAGGAAAUAAAAAGUUAAUAGAUGUAUUGUUUGGUUUGAUAGGAGGUGGUAAUGUGGAAGCUCCUAACAAAUGGGAUUAUUCCUUCAGCCACGGAAUGCCAAUGAAUUAUUUAAGUUACGAUACGGUUAACAAUAUGCAUCAGAUGUGGAGACAAGAAGUUUCAGGUUGGGGUGGAGCACAAAGGAAUUUCUUCCCUUUGAAUGGGUUUGACUGUUCAGCUAGCCAAGGAAGGGGAGUUGCUCAAAACUGGGAAAAGGAAAAAAAACAAAAACAAAAUCACAUAGGUAGUUGCGAAGUAAAUGAGUAUGCCAAUAUGAGAGGGGGAGAUCCACUAACAAAUGGAGGAGGAGGAGGAGUAUUAUCAGGAGAGGUUAAUCCCAUUCAGUGGAAUAUUCACCCCCAAGGAUUGCAUACCCAUGGGGGAGUAGCACCAUGGAUUUCCCCUCCAUCCAUGGUGUACGGUAAGCAUGCCCCGGCAGAACAGACGAUAGGUGGUACUCCAUGGGGAGCAAGUGGAAUGAAAGACUACAACCCACAUGUGAACACUUUUGAAUGGUUAAAUCAGAAUGUUCAAACUAAGAAUGAAAAAUAUAAAGGAAGUUCCUUGGGUGUAGAUUAUUACAACCCAUUAUCAGAGGGAGGAAGGAAUACCAUAGACUGGAAUAACACAGGGCAGGGAUCCAAAGCAAAUCACCAGCAAGGAUUCAGCAACAUGUAUAAAUGUGUAAGCUGCAAGAACAAGUGCUCUCAUGUAUACUACAUUUUAAAACCGAACAACGUUAAAAAAAUAUCGUAUGGAGUACUGGAUAAAUGUGUUUGGUGUAAGAGUUGUUUCAAUUCUAGUAUGUACCCAAGCAUUCUGAACAGAUCAAAUUUUGUCAAGGUAAAUAUACCCUACAGUUUUGUUGGCAACGAUUGGAGUGUUGCUGAGGUAGAGAAACUCAUCGAUGGAAUUAGCAAGUAUAAAAAUGAUUGGCAAAAAAUUAGCGAAUUUAUAGGAACCAAAAAUCCAUAUGAAUGUAUUUUUAAAUUUACAUCUAUGCCACUCUCCAAUCCUUACUUCGAUAUUGAUAACCUUUUCAACAUCAAUAAUGUUUCUUUCAAAUCUUUUAAACAAAACAACACUCUCCUGUCCUUACUCUCCUUCAUAUGUAACUACAUAAGUCCCUACAUCGGGGCAUACGCGGCGAAGAAAAUCGUGGAUUUUAUUCUUAAUAAGAAGCGUGAAUGUGUCGCCAGGGAGAAGGAGAAGGAACAGAGCGAGGAGUGCAAAAAACAAGGACAGUGGGAGAAGCGGGAGAACCCAGAUGUCCAAAGGGGGGAAAUCAAAAUGGAAAAUUUCGAGGCGCAUCAAUCUAAGGGGGAGCCCUCCUCUGAAGACCACGCGCCGGAUGAAGAUCCAAAUGAAGCAAAUGUCAAGGCGGCAGAGUCGGUGAAAGCAGAAGCGGAAGGAGCCUCAGAACAUAAGACAAGCGAUGAGGCCCUUCCAGAGGAGCAACAUGACGAUGUGCCCAAGAAGGAAAAUGAAGAGACAGGCCUAAAUGUGUCCGAAUCGGCAAACGUGCCAGAUGUGGCAAACGUGAAAAACGCAACAAACGUGGGAGAAGAAGAUACGGCGAACCACCAAAUGAACAACAACGCGGAGAUUAAAACCGAAAGGGGACAAGAUCCCAACAUGCCGCCCGAGGGCAAUCCCGACUUCGUACCACUGAACAUUAACCUCCCGCCAAAGGACAGUGCCUCUUCCACGUACAUACUGAAUGAGAAGGAUAUGCAAGAAAUACACAACACAAUUAUUAAUGCAUCGAAGAAGAGGGCCCAACAGUUGGCAGAUCUCGAGAGGCACAACGUUAGGAAGCUCCUGAAGGAACUCGCCCUGAUAAGCACCAGGAAGGUGAAGCUAAAGCUGAAGCAAUACCAGUACUUACAACAUUAUUUUGAAAUGCAGAACAAGCAAAUGGAGCGGAAGAGAGCGCGCCACGGUGAUGAAGCAACGGCAGAAAAAGACGAACAAAACAACGCAAACGAAGAUAACGAAGAUAACGAAGAAAAGGAAGAAAAGGAAGAAAAGGAAGAAAAGGAAGAUAAGGAAGAAAAGGAACAGAAGGAAAAGAGUGAAGAGAAUGAGAAGGAUACACACGACGCGCCGGAUGAGUAG